AAAACAAUUGAAGUUGUUUUGUCGAAGGGCUAUUUUUCGGUUAAAUAUUAUACCAUCGGGCACGCUCAGUUACAAGUUCUUUCUUUUAAAACAAAAACAAAUACAAAUAGUUUCGAAAAUAUAAAACAAACCAUGGUUAAACUCCGUGAAAUAAUGCUCGUUUCCUUCCAGCAAAUCAACUUAUUCAAGUCAUGAAUUCAAAAGAUUUUAAUUCUCACGAUUUUAUUCUUUUGUUUAGUAUUUAAUAUGUAAGGGAAUAUGGGGUUAAAUCAGAGGCUUUGAUACAAACAACCUCUUCAACUUUCGCAUACGAAGUUAAUUAAUCUUCCGGUAUACUUUUAUCACUUCUUUCAAGAAUAUUAAGAUGUUCUUUACAAGUUUUGAUCCAGAAAAAUAUUUCAGGGACCACCUUUUCUUAUCCCUUGUUCCACUGAUUUUACAAACUACAAACCUAAUGUUCCAAGUUCCAACACAACAUACCAAGCUUAAUCAUAUGGAAUCUGAAAAAUAAUAAAAAGAAACUCCUUUAAAAUUCUUCGAAGGAGUUGAUAUAUGAUUGCUGUAAUCUUCUAUCUCCCUUUCUCUCUUGACGAGGCCUCUUUCAAAUUCCGUGCUAUAAUAAUUCAUAAGCUACUCAUUAGGGUCAUUCUAGUCUUACAUUUGCCGCAUAGCGUGUUGAAUGUACUAAUACCUUGGCUUUAAGCAAUGGUCUUGAUAUAGUCUUCAAAUUUCUCCACCCCUUUUCCCCUUUUCAAUAAAUAUCUAUACCGUGUUUUUGUGGUGUAAACUGUGCAUUAUUUGAUGCUUAAGUUUUGAUGACGCUGAUUCUAGGAUUCUAGUUUUAAAAAGGGAAAUUCUUCGGGAAGAAAGAUGUCUGGUGAAAGUGCUGAUGUGAACAGAACAUUCCAUUUUGAAGCAGUUCGAAAGAGUAAUCAAGUUCCUAAGAGGCGUGCAAUGGAUGUGGAAUUUGAUGAAGAUGAUAACAUAGACGAGGAAGUACCUUACCUUGGAAGACUCAGUGCUUAUAAGGAGAGAAAAAGAGAGAUAUCAAUGGUUUCAGAUGAUAGGCAAGAGGAUAAGGAUUAUGUGCAAGAAGAAGAACCAACAUCAGUUGAUGAACCUAGAUACACAAUCAAGAAGCUGGGAUUCGUUGGAGGAAGGAAUGAAUCAACUACAAUAACACAUAAUCAGGCUCUUCAGACAGCCAAAGAUGAUUUUCUUGUUCCUGGCACCAGUCUUCUUGAGUUCUCAAAUGGUUUACCUUCACCCCCUCCUAAAAGGGAGUGUUUCUCUGUCUCUAUGUUCUUUGGAUCAGUCUCAUUUUACAUCUUGGAUAGGGAAUGAUAUAAGAUAAAAUUAUUUUACACCUUGAGUAAUAGUGGCUUGAUGCUAAACCUAUUUUAUUUCCUUUAUUGGUCUGUUGAUGGCAGAACAAAAGACUAAGCUCUCGAAGUAGAGCAGCAAUUAAAGAAAGCUGAGGCUGCACAGAGGCGUAGAAUACAAUCAAAGAAGGCAGCUAGGGAGGCUGAGGUUUGCUAAUCAUGCCAUAUGGUAGUUUUACAACUUAUUGGCAUUGGAUGGGAGAACAGUCUAACUUCAUAUAUUUUAGGCCGAGGCAAUCAGAAAAAUAUGCUGCCUGGAUUAUGAAAGAAAGAAGGAAGAAAAGAUUAAAGAAGCGGCACGAUGAAGUGGUUCAGGCAAAGGCUGCCAAGAUGGAUCGCUUGGACCAAAUACUGUUAGAUGGGUCAUUGGUCCGACUGGAACUUUGGCUUAUUUUCUCUGAUGACAUUGGUCUGCCACACAUAUUUAAUUCAGUGUCGUGCAGGUACAAGUUCACCUUCUCAUCUCCCCAAGUUUUGUCUCUAGAAUGCUCUGUAGACCGUAAAUGUUGGCAAUUUAUUUUGCUCUGCAGACUUUAUCCUCUACCACAUGAAAAAUGUGCAGGUCCAAAUUGUACAAAUGCCUACAAGUAUCGAGACUCCUCCAUUGUUACAACGCAAUACAUGAAAAGAUGCAACCUUUAAUUACCUGCUGAUAUCGUAACUGUUCUUCCCAGGUCACUGAAAGAAAUUGAUGGCUGUCUAUUUUGUAACCUUGUGUUGCUGCAAAGACAGCAUGAUUAGUCUCAGCGUGAGGUCGGCUUAGUCAAAUAUGAUUUAUAGCAUUCCUUUGUCAUAUAUUUUUCUUUUUCAAAAUGAAUGCACCCCAUCAUUGAAAGAGAACUCUAUGAUUGUCCUGUUUCUCCUGGCCCCAUAGAUUGUUUGGUCAAGGAGGGAGAUCCAAAUGUCAACAGAUAAGUUAAUUAUGGCCGUCUAAGAGAAUGGCUAAGACCCGAAUUCAGUUCA